AUGGCAAGCACACGCCAGGUCCUCGGCACGGCCGACCUUAACCUCAUCGAGGCGCCUGUCACCCUGCGAGCCUACCUGAUCUGUGGCUUUGCCAGCUUUGGAGGUAUUCUCUACGGCUAUGACUCUGGCUACAUCUCCGGUGUGCUUGGAAUGGACUAUGUCAAGCAACACUUUGGAAACCCCCGUGUUCCCACCAAGGAAGAUCCAUCCGAGUGGAUCAUCCCAAGCUCCCGAAAGUCGCUCAUUACUUCCAUCCUUUCCGCUGGUACCUUCUUCGGUGCCCUUCUCGGAGGUGUGCUUGCUGAGCGCUUCGGCCGUCGCCUCACCAUCAUGAUCUCUUGCUUGCUUUUCUCCAUUGGAGUCGCUGUCCAGGUUGGAACCGUCGACGUCGGUGGUCUUGUUGCUGGUCGUCUGAUUGCUGGUCUCGGUGUUGGAGGUGUCUCCUCCACUGUCAUUCUGUACGUCUCUGAGAUCGCUCCUCGAAAGGUCCGCGGUCUUCUCGUUUCCGGUUAUCAGUGGGCUAUCACUAUCGGUCUGCUCGUUGCCUCUGGUGUCGGACAAGGCUGUAAGAGCAUUGAUAGUCGCUCAUCUUACCGUAUUCCUAUUGGGUUGCAAUUUAUCUGGGCUGCUAUUCUGGCUGGUGGGCUAUUUUUACUCCCCGAAUCCCCUCGUUACUACGUGAAGUGCGGCCGCAUGGACGAUGCUCUACGCUCGCUUGAGCGUGUCCGUGGACAGUCUCGAUCCAAUGCUGCCAUCCAAGCAGAGCUUGCUGAGAUUCAGGCAAACUUCGAGUACGAAAAGCAGAUUGCGAGCACAUCCUGGAGUGACUGUUUCAAGGGUGGGCUUGCUGCGCGCGGAAACCUCCGCCGUGUCAUCAUGGGUGCUGCUCUUCAGAUGUUUCAACAGUGGACUGGUAUCAACUUCAUCUUCUACUAUGGCACCACAUUCUUCCAGGAAGUUGGUCUCAAGAACCCAUUCCUGAUGUCGACCAUCAUGAACAUCGUCAACGUCGUCACGACUCCGGCAUCUUUCUGGAUGAUCGAGAAACUGGGUCGACGUAGCUUGCUUAUCUAUGGCGCCCUGGUCAUGCUGUUCUGCGAGUUCGUCGUUGCAAUUGUGGGCGUAACCAAAGAGGGAUCCCACGCAGCGAGCCUUUGCCUUAUCGUCUUCACCUGCUUCUACAUCGCCGCUUUUGCCAUGACCUGGGGCCCAGCUGCCUGGGUAGUCAUUGGCGAGAUCUACCCGCUGCCCAUCCGAGCGAAAGGUGUCGCCAUUGCAACUGCUUCGAAUUGGUUCUGGAACUGUGUCAUUGCCGUGAUCACUCCUUACAUGGUCGAUGAGUCGGAGGCGAAUUUGAAAGUCAAAGUGUUCUUUGUCUGGGGCAGUGCACUUUUCCUGUGUCUCUUGUUCGCCUUUUUCAUCAUUCCUGAGACCAAGGGUCUGAGUUUGGAGCAGGUUGACAAGAUGCUCGAGGAGACUACUCCCAUGACUAGUGCCAGAUGGAAGCCUCAUGAAACCUUUGCGCAUGAAAUGGGCAUGGUCGACAAGAUCGAGCCUACUAUCAGCCACCACGAGCAAAAGGGCACUGCUGUGACGGAGCACGACGAUACCAUCUGA